GUAUUUCUCUGGGAUUAUCUCAUCUGAGUUAUGUAAUAGUUAUGUGCGAUCUGAACUACGAACUGUACUGAACAAACUCGGCUCUCAACAAAGAGAGGAACAAGGUAAAACAAGGUGCUACAGAACAAGGAAACAAUGGAUGUUCUAAGUGGUUUGUGUUGCCUUCUUGUGCUCUCCAUCUUCCUUACAACUGACACUUCCUUUGCUCUGGCCGGCAAAGUCCUCGUCUUUCCAGUGGACGGCAGCCAUUGGGUUAACAUGAAACUGCUGAUCGAGGAUCUGCAUUCUGCAGGUCAUGAGGUCACUGUGGUGCGGACCGCCAGCAGUUGGUACAUCAAGGAGGAUUCACCAUACUACAAGGCCAUCACGGUCCCCCUACCAGAGCCCAUUAACAUUGAGGACCAAGAUUUCAUGGUCACAUUCCUGAGUAAAAUGCUUGAGAUACAGAGACAGGGAGGUUCCCUGCUUGCAACCAUGCAGUUUUAUUGGCAGAUGCUGACGAUGCUCUCCAAAAUACAUCACCAGGCAAGUCAGUUAGUGGUGGAGAUUUUCGAAAACCCGGUACAAAUGAAACAGCUCUAUGAUGCACAUUACGACGUGGCCCUUAUUGAUCCGGGUCUACCUGUGGGUGUUCUAGUGGCCCAUAAACUUGGUUUACCCACAGUGUUCAAUGUGAGAUGGAUCAUGAGUGGAGAAGGACAUUUUGUUGUUGCACCCUCUCCAGUUUCCUACGUCCCUGCACCGGGAAGCACUUUGCCGAACCACAUGUCAUUUGCUGACAGGGUCAAGAACAUAUUCCAUUAUGUGUUGAACAUGUGCAUAGACCAAUUAAUCGUAACCCCAGUUUAUGACAGAUUAGUAGCACGUUACUUUGGACCUGAAACUAAUUUCUACAACUUGCUACAGGGUACAGAUAUCUGGCUCAUGAGAUCGGACUUCAUCUUUGAGUUCCCACGUCCGACCAUGCCCAAUGUCGUCUACAUCGGAGGCUUCCAGUGCAAACCAUCCAAACCUUUACCACCAGAGCUGGAGAAGUUUGUGGAAGGGUCGGGAAAACAUGGGGUAAUUGUGAUGUCACUAGGUACACUUGUGAAAGGUCUACCCAAUGAGAUCACAUCUGAGAUCGCUGCUGGUUUUGCUCAGCUCCCCCAAAGAGUGAUCUGGAGGCACCUGGGUGAGCGACCUCAUAAUCUUGGUAACAAUACACUUCUGGUCGACUGGUUGCCUCAGAAUGACCUGCUAGGUCAUCCUAAAACACGGGCAUUUGUAGCUCACGGUGGGACCAAUGGAGUUUAUGAAUCUAUAUAUCAUGGCGUUCCAGUUGUUGGGCUUCCGCUACUAUUUGACCAGUCCGAGAAUUUAUUACGUCUCGAGGUACGGGGAGCAGCUAAAGUUCUUGAUGCUACUAGACUGGACAGCCAGAGCUUUUUGACGGCAAUGCAGGAAGUCUUAGAUAAGCCAUCGCACAAAGAGAACAUGCAGCGGCUAUCUAGGCUACACCGCGACAAGCCUACACAUCCUAGAGACAGCGCCCUCUAUUGGAUAGAGUUUGUAAUGCGGCACAAAGGUGCAGCACAUUUACGUACAGAGUCUUAUAGGAUGCCGUGGUACUCAUACCACUCUGUUGAUGUAGUGGCAUUUUUGUUGGCUGUCGUACUGACAGUAGGGGGAACAGUGAUUCUCAUAAUACGCUUUUUGUGUCUCAGAUUGUGCCGGAGACAGAAAUCAAAACUUGAAUGAUGCAUGACUGAGCAAUAAACUAAACACUCAGUGUGGGACCUGGCAAUUAUUUAGUCAUUAUUAAUAAAUAAAUAAAAUAAAUAAUUAAUUGUUGAACAAAUUUUGGAGAAGAAUGCAUUGGUUUUACCUCACCUAAUUCCACAUAACUCGCAUCUGGGCGUCAACACACCACUCAACGCCAGUGUCGGGCGUAAAGUCAUAAAUUAAAGGUGACAAAAUGCCCCCGACAUUCCUCUAUUGAGGCAUACUUAUUGAUGUUAUAAGUUGAUGUUGACUGAAUUCAUGUUUUUAUGGUUUGUUUGUUAGUGAUUUAACAUCCUGCCAACUUCCAUGGCUAUUUUAAUGGUGAAAAACUAAAAUAUAAUAAAAGUUAUAGCAAUUAAAACCCUAUAUAAGGGUUUUCAAAUAUAUUUUUUUAAUUAAAGCUCUUAAUGAAUUAAUUGGUAAGAGAUAAUAAAUUCUCAAUCCUGUUAUUCAAAUUGAGAAUUUCUGUUAAUUGAUUAAUUAAAUUUAAGUUAUUGACAUGAACAGAUGGCAUCAUAUUUUUUUUUAAUUGGUUAAAAAAAAAAUUGCCUGUUAAAGGUAUAAAAUGCCCCUGAAAAUCUAAACCCGGGGGCAAAUAUUGCCUCUUAAUGGAAAAGUACAAUGUAUGGACCAAAAGAGCUGAGAAAUUCUUCAAACAUUUUUUGAGUUCAGUAGAUGAAAGAAAGUCACACACAUCUGGGAUGGCAUAAGGGUGAGUAAAUGAUGAGAGAAUUUUCAUUUUGGGGUGAACUAUUCCUUUAAAUUAGUUAAAGAACUGAGGUCUAUACAAUGCUGGGAAACAAUAAGAUAAGUAUUUAUGAAGUAAAAGAAGUUAUGAAACAUUCAAUAUCUACUCAUAAAGUUUAAAAAGACAUAAUUAAUGAAGUAAAAAUGUGUGUGAAAAUCACGGUGUUAAAUUGUACCUGUCAUUGCAAAGAUUGAUUUAGCAAAUUACCCGGUAAUCAUUGGCUGCCACUUCUAAAGGUCAGCGGCAACGGGAUCAAAGUUAAAUUGUUUGAACUUUGGGUGCCGUGUAACGUAUGGCGGAAAAGCUAAAGCUAAAGCUGAAGUUUCACUCCAUCGAGUUCAAUGUGUCUGCGAAUUCUGACACGAGUCAUGUCGAAGCCCCUUUGGCCUUGUGUUGGUGUCUGUGAUUGGUAGAUUUUCUGUACAGUAAUGAUAACAGUAAUAGGAUUGUUAUUUAGCUAAAUGAAAAACUCUGUGAAGGUAUUUACAGUUGAAGGGCUAUGGCCAAACUGAUGUGUAUGUCCAAAGCUCAGCCAGGUGUCAAUAGUGUGUUUUACUCUGUUUGUAACAAAAAGUCUCUCCCCAAAUUCCCAAACUCACGCUAUUGGUUGAGCCAAUGUUGCUCUGUCUGGUCAGAAAGCAAUUUUUUGCAAGCUGCACAAAGUCACAAUUUACACUUUUCAGAGAAAUCAGCUUUUCAUUAAAAGAUCUUCAAAGUUCUCAGGUAUUCUGCCACUUUGUAUUCUCUGUUUAAUGAUGGGUAGCAUUUUGGCCUGGUUUGUAAUGUCAGUCCAAUGUCUUAGAGUUUUUUUUAAUUUUGUAAUGAUUUUAAUUUGAUUUCAUUCAUGUCAAAGUGUGUUUAUGAAUUUGGGGCCUAAAAAGUGUUAACAAAUCUCAAAGAAAAACUAUCAAACAGAAUAUUUAUUUUCAUUCAGAACACACUGGCAUGAAAUAAACUAAAUUAUAUAAAAAUAACAUAUCACACUUCAUAAAUAAAAAAUAAAAAAAGUUGUAUUUCAGAUUUAUUAGGGGUUCCGAGUCACAAUUGAGUGGUUGGUAUAACCAAAGUCUUAUAUUAUGAUAUGAGCAGGGUUGGGAGGGUUACUUUUGAAAUGUAUUCCACUACAGAUUACAGAAUACAUGCAAUACAAUGUCAUUUGUAAUCCGUUAGAUUACUCAAGGUCAGUAAUGUAAUCGAAAUACUUUGGAUUACUUCUUCAGCACUGGUAGAUUUUUUCACUUGUUUUGACUAUAAAAACUCUGCCAGUACAGUAAGACAAAAUACACAUGUUAAAAAUAUAUUCUCUGAAAAACCUAAAUAUCUUAUGUAGUGUUGUUUCUAAAACAAGAUAAAUCAAUUUGAUCUUGUUUAAGGAUUUUUAGAUAUUUUUACAGGAAAACAAUACAAAAAUUAUUAUCAAGAAUAUGCUUUUUGCCCUAAUAACAAAGAUCUUACUAGAAAUAAGAAAUUAUGAUCCAACGUGAAUUUUCUUGAUAAAAAAAUAUGAUCGUGCCUGGUAACAUUUGCAUGUUAAAAUGGCUAGAAAUAGCACUUUAGCUUAGUGUAAAGCUGACAAUUUACACAAGAUUUAUUUCUAUUUCUUCUGCUCCAAACUUACUCCUCUGUCUGCUCGUAUGAAUGUAACACAUCAUAAGAAAGUGUUUCACCGCUGUUUAAAUGCACAUUGGAUCGCAUCAUUUAUAUGUAUAAAUGUUUUCCAUCUGAAAGGACUAAAUAUUAAAUGAAACAAAUGACAAUAAAAUGGAAAGUAAUCUCUUCAGUAAUCAAAAUACUUUUUGAAUGUAACUGUAUUCUAAUUACCAAUUAUUUAAAUUGUAACUGUAUUGGACUGGAAUACAGUUACUUAUAUUUUGUAUUUUAAAUACGUAAUCCUGUUACAUGUAUUCUGUUACUCCCCAAGAUGGAUAUGAGUAAUAUUAUAUUGUGGUAAUGAUAUAACCUAUAUUAUGAUUAUUUUUGCUGGUAUAUAUAUUGAAAAAAGUUU